CUUUCUGUGUUUCAUUUCACGGGCAGACAUUUUUUAAAGUGCACACAUAAAGAAGUGACCGAAUGUAGACGAAGAAAGUCUUAAAAUUUUCAAUUAGUAAUUUAAUAGUAAAAAAAUUGUAUUAUUUAACAAAAACAGUUUGAAAUUAAUAUUUUCUAUAUAGUUAAAACAAAAGCAAGCAUUUUUAUCAAUAAAUAUACUGCGUUUUUAAAUAAAAUGAGUUCAGUGGAUUCAAGUGGUGGAACUGGUGGUGGUGGCGCGCCUGGGCCAGGAGGUAGCAGUGUAGGGGGAGGUGGUGGAGUAGGAAGUGGUGGAGGCCCCGGCAGUGUUGGUGGCGGCACAAGUAGCAAUAAUGGAGCUCUAAACUCCAACUUAGCUGGUAUGGGAUCCACUCAGCCACCAACGGGAGAAGCACACAAAAACAUUAAAACCCAUUUCAUACAACCUAACCUUAUUCAUCAAUACCACCACCAACAACAACAAGCACCAGUGCAUUCAACAGCGUUCGUCAUUCCAUCACCAACAACUACAACUAUUACAACAUCAACAACUGUCAUAUCAAGCCAACAACAACAAAAACACAAACGCAACACCAAUCCCAAUUCCAAUCCCAAUUCCAUGUUACACAGUUCCAAUGCAACAACACCAUACCACAAUAAUAUCCCCCAGCCUACCCAUCCACCCGUGCAUACAACACACUUACCCACCAGCGAUAUUAAUACCUAUUCAUACAAUCAAACAAACACUAACCAUCAAAAUCUUUAUCAGCACGCUCCCAUGCAGUUUAUUAAAGCGGCACAUAUCCAUCCAUAUUCUUUUAAUCCAGUUGCAGCUAAAAUUUCACAUGUCAAGGCAACCAUAGACGGCACUCUAGUUAACACCAGCACGAGUGGUGGCAGCAAUUUACAACUUGGCAGUGGCAUUGCUAGCGGAGUCAGUACUAUAAUGACCAGUAGCGUUUCAACUACUGGACCCAUUAAAAUGACCACAGCUGGUGGCGCCAUAGCCACUUCUAUAGGUGGUACACCCAUCGCACUCAAUGUGGCGCAGUCACCCACCGCUAUACGUACCAUUGGUGCAGGCGGUCAAUCGACCCAGGUGCGUGUUGUUAUGCCUACAAACAUUAUACCGAUCAAACAAUUUGAUCAUAGUGGUGUCGGCCGUACACAGAUAACGGCUAUAUCUGCUGGCGUAGCCGGUGUAAAUUCUCGAACCGUUUCCAACACAUCGAUAACAGUAACAAGACCAGUGACUCAAACAACUUAUUUACCACGUGCUGGUGUGACAGCUACUCAAAUGACAGCAGUCUGUUCUGGGCAACGUCUUGUGACGCCAAUUCGCACAGGACCGGGCAGUGGUAACAUGAAUACCAGCGCCACUGUUACGGGCUUAGCAACAGCUGGCGGAUUCGUACGUGGCGCUACCGCUACGGUUAAUCGCAACACAUCAUCACCAGCAACAUCUGUAAUAUCUUCUGGUACUAGUACGGCUUGGAUGCAAACCAAUACUGGCCAGGUGCAACUUAUAAGAGCUAUUCCACAGCAAACACAAAAGCGCAUAAUUACCGCACAAGGCAUGACUACCACACCUGGCUCCUAUAGCAACACUGGCUUGGGCGGAGGCCUGGGUACAUCUGUUAGCGGUACUGUGCUUGCUACCACGCCACCAACAGUUGUACAAACUGGUGGUGGUGGUCAAAACCAAAACCAACAGAGCGGUCAAGGCGGACAAUCUACCAUUCAAGCAGUGCCAUCCUCGGGAGUGUCCCACGGCAGUCAGCCACAAUCCCAGCAGCAGCAAACGUAUGUUGCCACACUAGCCACCGUAUUACCACCACGACAGCAUCAAGCCACACUCGUUUACUCAUCGAAUGUCGCACCAACUUCACAACCGCUCACGCAGCAACCACAGCAAUUCAAUCCGACAUUAGCAGCUGGACAACGGCUUGCAGUAGCUACGCAGCUCUCUGCAGCGGCCACAUCAGUCACCGGCACCACGUCACGUCAAAUACGACCUAUAGCAUUACCAAAAUCCUUCUCUGCAGCAAAGUUGAACACAACCAGCAUAAGUAUACGUGCACCAAACAUAACUUCCACACUGCAGCCGGUUGCAGGUGGUGUCAUAGGUGGCAGUGUCGGCUCCGUGGUGGCAUCAGCAAAUGCGGCAUCGAACAAUUCAUCGCGCAAUACAACAAUGGGUGGUGUAACAACAGGAGUAGGUGGCAAUGUCAUACCUACAGCAAAUUUGCCGACAACGCGUAUAAUUCAACUUCAACAGCAGCCGGGUACGGCACAGCCUAUUAUCGGCUCAACGGGACGUUUAUCGGGAAAUGUCAUGUUUCAGCCAUUAAUCGUCAACGCAUCGGGCACCGGGAAACUUGUUUCCAGCCUGCGUCAACCGGUUUCGAUGACCGCCAAACCGUCGCUUACCAUAACGCCGUUCGGUUUGCCUAAAAUGACCGCUACCGGUAGCGGCAAUGCUACGCAAGUAGGCGUUAACUUGCAACAACAGCAGCAGCACAUAGCAACCAGUAUGCAAUCGUCCAUUGGCAGUAACAACAAUAUGGGAUCGAGUUCAAGUGGUGCUGGUGGGAGUGGUUCACCAGCUUUAUCUAUUAACACGCCUACUUCCAGCGGAGGCAGUGGCGCAAAUCUAUCCACAGCACAGCUUGUUAAUGUUUCGCAAGCGACCGGCCAACUGUUAGCCACACAGAAUAUAGUUUCAUCAGGUGCCGGUGGGGGCGCCACAGUCCUACCUUUAGCUAUUACAUCACGUGGCAACAACAUUUUGACAGGCACCAUAACACCACUCAAAAAUGCUGGUGCCAUAACCGUGGGUAAAGUGAUGACUGCCGCAAAUGUAGGCAAUUUAGAUAGCAGCAACAGCGGACCAGGUGGCGCAAGUAUAAUAACCAGCAGUGCCGGUCCGCCCACAAGCGUUUACAUACAUCAGGCGCCUCCAACACAGCGCACACACGGACCAAGCGUUAGCAUUAGUAACGCCAGUUUACAUGCACCAUCCUCAACGUCGAGUAGCAACACCACGGUGCUCACAACCACAGGCAGCGGCAUACCCACAUCAGGGAGUGCUUUCUUACCACCAGGCGGCACAAUUUAUUACGAAUCAAUCCCGGCAAGCUCGAUGCAAGUCUCCACAGGUGUACUCUCCCUUACCACCACAACUGCAACAAACAGCACUUUACAACCAACACAGAAUCAACUGGCUAACGCAGUGUCAGCUUCAAAUUUAGCGAUUUCUUCAUUACCAUUCGCUGUAUCUGCUGCCUCACAUGCUGGCAACUCUACGGCUACUUUCACCGUGGUGCCGUCAGCCGGCGGGCGUUCUAUUGGUCAAUUGCAGAUACCGGUUUCCGCAGCCCCGGCUGGCACACAAAUUCAAGUUCCAUUACGCUUUAGCACACAAGGAGCUGCCAGUGCCAGUUCCUCAAAUACAAUAUCGGCCGAUACUAUUUCCGUGUCACAAGCAACACAACAGUUACUGCAACAAGGUGGUAUUGCUGGGGGUCAACAACUACUUAUACCGGCUUCAGCAGCAGCAGCCGCUGCGGUACAUCAAGCGGGCAGUGGUUCAGCUACGGCUACGCUAGCCGCCGCACAAGGUCAACAUGUUGUCAUACCGCUCCAAACAUCGAUUAAGGUGAGUGGUGGCAACGCUGGCUCAACCGUCGUCUCCAAUUUUCUACGCAAACGUGAUGCUGAUGGCUCGCCGGUACGCGCUGCUAAAAAUCUUGCACCGACUUUAUUAUCAAUGAGCGGCACUAGCGGCGGCGCGUCCAUGUCAAAUGUAACUGCCUCACCUGCAGCCUCUUCCGUGGGCAGCGUGUUCAGCAUUACCUCGGUAGCAUCAUCAAUGGCGCCAUCGCAAGUGCAACCGUCGUCGUCGUCAUCCUCCUCUGCCGCACUCACCACCGAAGCUUUGGCGAAAAAGGAUCGUGCACAGGCAUCAACUAGUGGUGGCGGUGUUAUAACGCAGCGAGUGGUACGUGGUGAGUCACCGGCCUCGUCAGAUGGCUCUACAACCGUAUCGGCGAAUUCAUCGCCAGGCGUAGAACAGCAAAUGCAGGAUGGCAAUAUGAUGAUGAUAAAUCAUAUGCCCCAUGGCACAAACGAAUCCACACACUUUAAUCCCAUUAAUGAGAUGUAUGCAAAUCAUCAUGGCAACGUCAACUUGCAACACAAUGCACUACUAAGUGCAGGCGGUGCCACACCUAGAGGCUCACGCAAUUCCUCGCUGGAUCAUCAUCAGCAAUUGCAUGCACCCCAAGCAACGGCAAGUUCUGCUCGCCUAAAUGGUGGUCCAAUUGAAUGUUCAUCGCGCAAAAAGUCCAGACGUUCGACCAACGACAGUCAACUAUCGAGUCAUAGUCAAGGUUCACUCAGUCUGCCACCACCAACCGCAACGGGGGUUGCCAUCAGCCAUAUGAACGCUAUGAAUAGUAAUAGCGGCAAUAAUAGUAGUAACUAUGAUUUGUCAGCGGCGGCAACGGGCAAUGGUGGUAUGCUGCUAGCGCCAGCACAAGGCUCAAUGGCGCCGGGCCCUUCGAGUAGUUCGAUAUCAUCACACCAAUAUGAUGGCAAUAAUACCAGCGCUAAUGCCGCACACACUAAUAAUAGUAAUCAUAAAAAUAAUAAUUUACCGCCUGCCGCAGGCAAUAAGGAGAACGCCAAACCAACAGAGUUUACUUUACGACGACCGCGAAAUUUCUCGCUUUUAAAUACCUACAAACAAAACUGGAAGACAGCCAACAAUCACUUCCAACGUUACUCAGACGUGAAACCGCGUGAAGAGCGCCGUCCCACAGUUAUCGAUUUGGCCAAUCAGGCAAAUGUGAUGGGCAAAAUUAAUGGUUGGAAACUCUAUCAUUUAAGCUCACAAAUGGAGGAUUUGUGCGAGAACGAAUCGACUGGACUUGAGCAACUGAAUAAUAUGUUAAAGCAGAUGGAGACGCAUGAAAAGAAUCCAGAAAUCGAGCGCAUAAACGAACUACUCAAGGGUAACAUACAGCGUAGUAAAAUCGUCGCCGACGGCAUACAUGAAGCACAAAGUCAAAUGAUGAAAAUUUUUGAACAUAAAUCGCACAUAUCGGAUAUAUUGCAACGGUGCGCAUCGAAGCGUAAUUUUAAAAAGCGCGAAAAAUUUUAAAUCUGUAGCUUUAGCGUGUUUAGCAUUUGUAAAAUAGUUAUUCAUAUUGUUAAAUUUAAUAAUUUUAGAUUUCGUAGAUUUUAAUGCAAUAAAAUAAUUAUUAAGAUAUACCAAUAAAUACUACUUACUAUAAUGCCUUUGCAAUUGUACAUGAA